GAAGUGCAAGCCUUUCAGCCGCUUCACCUGAAUUUUCCCACAUGAUGACCGAAGACUAAGACUACUCAGACUUAAGUAAAGAUCUUCUUAAAGGUCUUAGACUAAGAAAGAGAAGGGAGGAAAUUCAGGCAGAAGGGAGGAAGAGCCUGGUGUGGCACUUCCUCCAAUUUCAACGUCCUGAAAGCGUGUUGGAGUCACUUCAAAGACAGACUUUUCUUAAGAGAGAAAACCGUAAAUGCAAUAACAAAAAUGACUACUGGUUUUAUGGGACUUCUUCAAAUUCGACCAGUAAGAGAAAAUAGACAGCAAAGUUUUUACCAAUUCUUCGAUAAUCUGUAAAACCUGUAAACACUGCCGUUCAAAUCAACACGGACGUACAGACGUACAGAGCUCUGCCUCAGUUCAGUGUACGGGGGCCAUCGCACAUAACGAGUAUUUCUGAUACGUGAAGCGAGGAGCUGAAUGUUUCUUACACCGAAACAAUUACCUGUGGGAUUUAAUUUCAUUUAACUUAAUUCAGAAAUACGUGGGGGGAAAUGCUCGGAACGAUUCUCGUGACGGAGCUUCAGUUCCCACCCGGCUUGUAAACAUCAGCGCACCGGGUGAAAAGGAGCAGCGUGGGGAGUCGGCUGAGCAGCGGCUAACGACUUUAGCGUAAAACUCUGCGCUGUGGUCCACUUUCAGCAUGGAUAACACGACAGACGCGACGUGGGACAGCUUACCUGUUAAACUCAACGACAGAAUUUUACAAACUCUCGACGAAGUGAAGUUCACGCACAUGACACCUGUGCAGUGUGCUUGUAUCCCGCUGUUCAUGAGCAACAAAGAUGUGGCAGCUGAGGCGGUGACGGGGAGCGGAAAGACGCUGGCGUUUGUCAUUCCUAUCAUAGAGCUGCUCCUGAAGAGAGAAGAAAAGCUGAAGAAGAUGCAGGUCGGCGCUCUGGUCAUCACUCCCACGAGAGAACUGGCCCUACAGAUCAGCGAAGUGAUGGAGCAGUUCAUUCAGAAAUUCCCACAGUUUACGCAGAUUUUACUGAUUGGCGGCAGUAAUCCGAUAGAGGAUGUGGAGAAGUUCAAGGAUCAGGGGGCAAACAUUGUGAUUGCGACUCCGGGCCGUCUGGAGGACAUGUUCAGGAGGAAGUCAGACGGUCUGGACUUGGCCUGCGCGGUAAAGAGUCUCGACGUGCUGGUCCUCGAUGAGGCCGAUCGGCUCCUCGACAUGGGGUUUGAGGCCAGUCUGAACACCAUCCUGGGCUACCUGCCUAAACAGAGGCGCACAGGCUUGUUUUCAGCCACUCAGACGCAGGAGCUGGAGAAGCUGGUGAGGGCCGGCCUCAGGAACCCGGUCCGCAUCACGGUCAAAGAGAAGGGCGUGGCUGCCACCGCCGUCCAGAAGACGCCUUCCAGACUCUCCAACUACUACACUAUCUGCAGAGCAGAGGACAAGUUCAACAGCCUGGUGACGUUUCUGAGGCAGCACAAGCACGAGAAGCAGCUGGUCUUCUUCAGUACGUGUGCCUGUGUGGAGUACUACGGCCGAGCUCUGGAGACUCUGAUCAAGAAGGUCACCGUCUGCUGCAUCCACGGCAAGAUGAAGAACAAACGCAACAAGAUCUUCGCCGACUUUCGGACCCUGAAAAGUGGGAUCUUGGUGUGUACAGACGUCAUGGCCAGAGGCAUUGAUAUCCCUGAUGUUCACUGGGUGCUGCAGUAUGACCCUCCCAGCAGUGCCAGUGCCUUUGUCCAUCGCUGUGGACGCACGGCGCGCAUCGGCAACGAGGGCAACGCCCUCGUCUUCCUCCUGCCGAUGGAGGAGUCUUAUGUCAAUUUUCUGUCCAUCAACCAGAAGUGUCCGCUGCAGAAGAUGCCCCCCGUCAGCGAUGUUGUGGACGUGCUGCCCAAAGUGAAGGCCAUGUCUCUGGCGGACCGCGCCAUGUUUGACAGAAGCAUGCGAGCCUUCGUGUCGUACGUCCAGGCCUACGCCAAACACGAGUGUAGCCUGAUCUUCAGAGUCAAAGAUCUGGACUUUGCUGCUUUAGCCCGCGGCUUUGCCCUCCUUCGCUUGCCGAAGAUGCCGGAGCUGAAGGGAAAAAAGUUUCCCGAUUUCACUGAGACGACAGUGGACACGGACACCAUCCGCUACAAGGACAAGAACAGGGAGAAGCAGAGACAGAAGAUGCUAGCAGAGCUGAAGGAGAAGGACAAGACUCCGCUUCCCAAGAAGAACUUUAUCAAGAAUAAGGCCUGGUCGAAACAGAAGACCAAGAAGGAACGCAGGAAAAAGAGGGCGGCCAAGAGGAAGCAUGACGAGGGCUCCGACGUGGACGACGAGGACAUGGAAGAGCUUUUAAAUGACACUCGCCUCCUCAAGAAACUGAAGAAAGGGCAAAUCAGCGAGGAGGACUUUGAGAAACAGAUCACCAGAGAACCAAAGGCAAAACACAAAACAGACGGACUGUCGCAGGACAGCUCAGGGGACGAGGACGCAUGAUCCUGUACUCAACUCAAAAAAAUUCAAUUAAACACCUCUGACACACGUGCA